AUGAAAGCUGAAGAAAGGGAUCCUCCUCUGCACUCCCCCGUCCUCCAGCAUAUCUCUCUUCUAAUCAAUCCGAGCUCUGAGCUUCGAUCGCCCAUCGCGUUAAGCAUGUCUGAAAAGAAGGCGCGCAGGCGGUCCAAGAUCAAGCGGUGGUUGAGAAGUUGGGUUUUCACUCCAUUGGGCAACGUGAGGAUCGGGUUGAUCGACAAGGUCGACAGGAAGCGUCGACGUAUCUCGGGUGAGCUCAAUCAGAUCGUUUCUGGGGCCCUCACCGAUCGAUAUCCGUGUCGCUUCUUUGGGGAUUGCAAUGAUCGGGGAUCGACCCCAGUCAGGAGGUCCCUACUCGAAAAUGAGUUUGAAUCUUUGGUAGAUCUGGUUGUUCCUAUGUCUGCUCGGUCGGAGAGCGCGCGACAACAGUCUUCUAGACUUGAUUUGUGUGUGGCCAACGGCUCUGUGGUUGACGGAGGAGAACCUGCUGUGGCUACUACCUUGCCGAAAUCUCCUCAUGACGCCGGUGGGAGCUGGGGAGGGGAUGAACAUUCAGUGUUGAGAAUCAUGAAUCCAGAUAUAUCUUGGUUGGAUAGUGAGGAUGAGAAGUCUGAAGAGUCAGGCCCCAUGUCUGUAAUUGAGGUUGAUAGGAAUGUGUACGAGCUUUCCGCAGUUGGAGGAAAGAGCCCAGACUUAGCUGUUGAGUUAAGUGAAGAAAACCAAUCUGGGAAGUCACCUGCCCUGGUAGUCGAGUCUGGUGUUCAGAUGGCCAGUCCCCUGGUGAUUGAAGAGAUGGCUCCUCAACUUCCAGAUUUGUAUUUCAUCCAUCAACCUGACCCACCAUUAUGCUGUCUCAUCACCUCAGCUCUGCGGGACUCUAACUCUUCGGUUCUUUUUGAGAAUGGUAUUUGUUUCUGUGAACACUCCUCGCACGGUACUCAACCUAUAUCACGAUCAUCAGCCAGGAGGGACAAACCCCCGAUGAACACCAUGGAAUUCCUCAUCCGCCAAACACAGAGAAGGCGAAGUACCAUCUUGAACAAUGCGUACAUCUCCCCAUAUGUUCCAUUACAGUUGCGACCACUCCAAAUUCGAAAAGCGUCUAAUGCCACCUCCACCAACACACAGAAUUAUGCUCAGUCUCCUAUUCCUGCAGAAACAUCCCACGAUGCGACACCACCAGUACAAAACCCAUCAUCCAGUCUCUGCUGUAAGAUCCAACACGGCCCAUUACCUCCCCCACCUCCACCUCCUGCGACAUCCAGCACCUCGUCCACUCACUUUUCUUCAUUCGGGCCAGCAGGACCCAGCUCUCAGGCACCAGACAUUUCAUCCACCACUCCUUCUGCCUCUGCGUUAGCAUCACCUAUCGAUAUCCCACAGUACCCUAACCGACCAACUUCAAUGUGCGGUAGCUGCCUAGCAAGGCGUCACCGUUCCCUCCAUAGUCAUCCAUACCAUCGCCGUGGUGACAACAGCCCGCAAUUUGGAAAUUCUCCACUCCCAUACCCACUCAGCCCCCAAGAAUCAACCCGCCUCCCACCUCGCGUUGACGGCUUACCAGCUUUGCUCAGAGCCGGCUGGCAGUGCCGGCACUGUCCCACUCGUCGAUCUGGGAUUGUCUCUCCACCGGUUUUGGUUGGUCCUCGGCCUCGUGUUCAGGUGUUGGAUCGUGUUUCUGCCUCUUUCUUGGACUCUGCACCUGACUCACCUUGGGCUGGUCCUGUAAGCCCCAUGGGAUUUUAUGCUGCAUCUGAAGAUGAGUUGCCCUUGUCUAACGAAUCUCAUCGCUUUGAUGAGACUAUUGAUUCAUCUGGUUUGGAAAUGUGUCUAAUUGCAGGAUCGAGGGCUCAAAGCCGAAGAUACCGUCGAGGAGCAAAUUAG